AUGUCGUCUAACCUAGUCGUGCCCUCCCACCCUCAGCGCCAAGACGGCAACCGUGUCGCUGAGGGCCGUCGCCGUCGCCAUCGCCGUGUGCUAGUCUCCCCGUCCGCUGACGGCUACCCACUUACCACCGAGUCCCUCCCGUCGACACUCGAGUCUGGUGCCGAGACGCCCAUUGUCAAGCAACAGAACCUCGCCGCCGCCGUUCCCGCUACGCGCUUCUCUUCCGCCGACGUGGAGGCCUUCAAGUCCGGCAAGUAUGCCGACGCCAAGGUCAUUGCAAACGGCAAGACCUACAAUGUGCACAAAGUCGUGGUCUGCAACCGCAGCAAGUGGUUCCGUGCUGCCUUCGAAGGUGGCUUUACUGAGGGCCAGACUAGUGUUGUCGAGAUCAGCGCCCCGGACAACGUCGAGCGAGUCCUCGAGUUCCUCUACAGCGGCGCAGUCGACCUGAGCGAUGCCGCCGACGCCGAUCUGAUGCUCAUGGCCAACGAGCUGUCGGUCCUUGGAGAUUUCUACCUGAUUGACGAGAUGAAGACCUAUGCCAACCAAGUCCUAGGCCAGUACCUCGGCAAGCACCUGUCGGCCAUCUGCCAGAUGGGCAAUCUGGCAGACCUCCCCGCUGAGUACCCCGUCCAACGCUACCACGCUGUCCUGAUGAAUGGCGAGCCUCAGACCAGACGUACUCCAGCCUCCCUCCGUGGCUCUCAAUUUCGCCUAUUUGAGGAGGAGGGCUUCGUCGACCGUCUGUGCACUGCUAUCCGUGCUGCGUACGCUAUCCCGUCCGGCAUUGAUGCUGUCUACGUUGACUUUGUCUACGCCGCCCGGAUCCACACCUUCAAGAACGAGAAGAUCAGGGACCUGAAGGAGGAGAUCCCCAAGUUCGGAAACGACCUCCUGAGCGCCAUGAUGAUUGGCCCACGCUCCUCGGCCUUCAAUGGCAACAAGGCGUUCGAGCAGUGGAAGGACGGCCUUGUCAACCCCAAGGAGCCUCUCGACAUGACUGGCGGAUUCCCUCCGACCGUGUCCCAGAUUUCUCGCUACAUGGGCGAUCCAGGAUUCGGAUUAGUGAGCCAGACAGGUCAUACCGGACUUCAGGAUAUCGUGGAUUAG